AUGACAGAUUCUGGUGCAGAUAGACAUGAAUUUCGUAGACGGCUUUUAAGUGAUGAAGUACAGCCUUCUCCAUCAUAUGAUUUAUCAAGUGGUGGGCUUGAUAAUAAUGGCAGAACUACUAUAGUUCGAAGAAUUAUAAACUAUGACGAACUUGAUCGAAAUAGAUAUACGGUUGAUAACUAUGGUUUCUAUGGAACUACAGCAGCUAGUGACUUGGCUGGUGGUACGGUGAUUCAUACACAUAGUUCAGAAGAAACGAAUGAAUAUAUCCGAAGAUCAACUGAUGUUUAUAAGGAUCCUAAUCCGAAAAUUGUUCGACGAGCAGGAAGUGAAAGUCCAGUAACAUAUGAACAACGAAUUGUUGUUCGAUAUCUUCAACCACCAACUGUUCCAGAACCAGGGCCACUCAUUAUUAAAGAAGUGCGUCCACCACAACCGCCACCACCUGAACCACUUGUCAUACGCGAACAUCCACCACGUCCUCCUUCACCACCUCCACUUAUCUUCCGUGAACGACCACCAACACCACCGCCAUUUGUUCCCAGUGAAACAACUACUCGUUAUUUACCUGAAAUACCUGUUCCACCACGAUCAGUUAUCAUCGAACGUCUUCCACCUCCUCCGGAAAAACCACGCGACAUUAUAAUUGAACGAUGGAUUCCCUAUGGACCUCAAUCUGAACGUCGUACAAUUGUUGAAUCUGCUCCUCCCGCUACAAUAUAUCCAGAAGCACGUAAUACGAUUGUUAUUAAUGAAGCUGUUCAAGCACAUAUAGUCCGAAAAUUUCAGAACCUUGGUGUAACCCAAGAAAACCCUGCCGAUUAUGUGGCUCGUUAUGGGACAUCACUUUUAGAUCCAGCGACACUGGUUCACAGGGUUCAUGAUGCUGGUGUUCAUGAAGAUAUAUCGCUUCCGGUACACUUCUCUUCAACACGUACAACUAUACACAGAACUAUUGUUGAUAUUGAUCCGUUAAAUGAACGGACUUCGUAG